UUCAAGCAAUGCAGGUUUUUGUUUUGAUCAAAAAAAGAUGAACGCUCUCUCACACGGCAGUGACAUCACGCAAUGUUUUCAGUGCUAUGGCGUACCAGGAAGGGGAGACGCUUGAAUCCUGGCUCAAUAAAGCCACUCGUCCAACUAACAGACAAGAAGACUGGGAGUACAUCAUAGGCUUUUGUGAUCAAAUCAACAGAGAACUAGAGGGCCCACAGAUAGCAGUAACGCUUCUUGUGCACAAAAUCCACUCACCACAGGAAUGGGAGGCUCUUCAAGCUUUAACAGUAUUGGAGGCAUGUAUGAAAAACUGUGGGAGGAGAUUUCAUAAUGAAGUUGGAAAAUAUAGGUUUUUAAAUGAGUUAAUUAAAGUGGUGUCACCCAAGUAUAUGGGUGACAGCGCUUCUGAGAAGGUGAAGACUAAGAUUGUGGAAAUGCUGUACAGCUGGACAGUUGCUUUUCCAGAUGAAAGCAAGAUUGCUGAAGCUUACCAGACACUCAAAAGACAGGGUCUUGUACCACAGGAUCCAGAGCUGCCAUUAGAUAGAACUUUAAUUCCAUCACCACCUACACGACCAAAACAUCCAGUGUUUGAUAAUGAGGAUAUGGGCAAGUUACUUGCUGAGCUCCUCCGUAGUAAAAACCCAGAAGACCUACAAGAGGCCAACAGGUUGAUUAAAAGCAUGGUGAAAGAGGAUGAGGUGCGUGUGCAGAAGGUAACUAACAGAAUGCACACCUUGGAGGAAGUGAGCAUCAAUGUGAAGCUGUUAACAGAAAUGCUGUCCCAUUAUAACAAGGAGCGCUCAUCUGACUCAGAUAAAGAAAUCAUUAAGGAACUUUAUGAGCGGUGUGACAAGCUGAGACGGGCUGCAUUCAAAAUGGCCACUGAAUCUGAAGACAAUGACACAAGUUUAGGCGACAUCCUACAAGCUAGUGACGACCUUACAAGAGUCAUCAGCUCUUAUAAGAAGAUUGUUGAAGGGCAACCCAUCAAUGGUGACAGUGAGGACCCCCAGUCUAAAGCAUGUCACUGUGAAAAUGCUGAGACAGACACACUCAUCGACCUUGCUGAAAGCGACACUCCGAGCCCACCUCAUCCUGCUGCUCUUCUUUCUCAACCUCUGAAUCCUUUUUCUGCACACUCCAUGGUUGCUCCUGUCCCUGUACUCACUCCUCUCCCAAAACCAGUGGGUGAUUCCCAGACCAGUCAGACCAGCAGUCCCAGUCACACAUUACGCGACAAAGCCUCUGCAUCAUUGUCUCUUCUGGAUGAUGAGCUUUUGUCUCUAGGUCUAAAUGACUCUCCAGCUACUCAGAGCAACCAGACCAAGACUAAAUUAUUUGAAGUGUCCCAGCAGUGGAACUCAUUGCAGACCCCAGCAUCAGGAGCUGAUUUGUUUGGCAGUGGGACAUAUUCACAGCCUGCACCAGCAUCAGCAGAAGUCAGUCAUAGUCUACAAAACCUACAAGAUUUGGCCAUGGUUGGGCUUUCAGACAAUAGUCUUACCAGAGGAAGUAGCUUUGGAAUGUCUGCUACUGGACCCUCCUUUGUAUCCGCACACAGCUCUCCAUCUUCAGCCUCCCUUCUGAAGAGCAUGAUGCCUGGCUCUCCUGCUCUAUCCCAGACCAAGUUCCACAGCCUCAGCUCUGCUCCAGGAAGCCCACAAUUUCUCCCACAGUUUCUUCCCAUGUCACCUGGACACCCUACGUUACAGGGCAGUCCAGCAAGAGGAGCAGACUCCUCCCUUAGCAAUAUAUAUGUCCCAUUAGAAACAAUUAGGCCAAGUAAAGUGCUGCCCGUUACAGCCUACGAUAAAGACGGGGUCCGUGUGCUGAUCAACUUUGCAUCCAAUUGUCCUCCAGGCAGGGCUGAUGUCCUGGUAAUGGUUGUGUCCAUGUUAAAUACAGCUCCACUUCCUGUCCAUAAUGUGGUUCUUCAAGCUGCAGUACCAAAGUCAAUGAAAGUCAAGCUUCAACCUCCGUCAGGAACAGAACUGGCCCCAUUUAACCCGAUUUUACCCCCAGCGGCCAUUACACAAAUCAUGUUAUUGGCCAACCCAUCUAGAGAUAAGGUGCGUCUGCGAUACAAACUUGCUUUCACACUUGGAGACAGUCAGUGCAAUGAAGUUGGAGAAGUUGACCAGUUCCCCCCACCAGAGACAUGGGGUCAUCUAUAGCAAAGUACUACCAGUGUUCAUUUGGUUCAGUAUCAUUCCCUCUUUUAUGUUGUUUGAUUUAUUUAUUGUAUAUAUAUAUAACAUAGCAACUAACAGCAGUAAUUUUCUAGCUCUAGGAAAUUAUGGACAUCCAGGCAACUAACACAUCAUAGAAUAUGUAUGUGAAUAUAUUUGAUGAAGACUUACAUUUUCUCAAAUUAAUAUCUUAAAAGCUAUAACUCUACGACUGUAAAGCUAAAUAUGGUCAAUGGUUUAACAUUUAAUAACACUAAGAACUAGAUAUGUUUUAAUACUGAAUUUGUGCACAAGAACGCCAAGGAUUUAAUUAUCUUAAGAUCUAAAUUUGUGGGAUGAAUAUAUAUGAUUAUGUGAAUUGAUUUGAAAAUAGCUUUCUCUUUAUUUUAUUUAGUUGUGGUGAAAAAAAAACUGCUACUCUUUGUCCUAUGAGUGGGCCCCAUUUUUACUAGCUGUAAUACACCCCAGAAACAAUGGUUAGGUUUACAAGGAACAUCAGUGUUUUCUCUUAGCAAACUUGAAGUGAUUAAGGUGUUGAAGAUUAUCAUUUAUUUAUCAUGUAUUUAUGGGUAUCCCUUUGCAGUAUUUUGACAAAUCACUUGAAAAUAAAAUAUGAAGAUUGUUAACAAAAUUGUCACCAAAUCUAGUCAAAGAGUAUAAACAACUGUCAUUUUCUUGUCAUCUUCCAUGUUUUGUAUAAAAUGUUAAAUUAACAUCCUCAGUGUAGUUUUUGAAGUCUGGAGUUUCACAUCUGUACAAAGUAAUUUGCUUGUUUGCUGCAUGGAAUAAAUAUUCUUUAUAUAAACAUUGUGAAAUUAACUUUAUGGCCCUUUAAAAAACAAACUUCAAAAUAUACCAAAUCUUGAAAAGUGUUUUAAUAACAAUAUUUUUUGAAUAUAUACAAAAAUAUCAAACGUGCUUUCAUGUUAUCAUGAUCAUUAUGCCUCCACUGUUCCCUCUUUGACAAUAGCCAUGGCUAGAUUUCUGGCUAAAGCCAGUCGUAGGAGCUCUACUUUGGUCACUUCAAUAUCUUCAUCCUGAAUAGGAAAGAUGUUUUGGGGAAUUUGAUGAGUAACAAUGUACCAAAGCUGCACUCAUUACACUUUUAUUGUAGCAAAAGUAUGCAGAAAAGGGAUACCUGCAUGGGCUGGUCAGGGCUAGGUGCAGUCUUGUUUAAAGAAGAUGUGAGCUCCUCUAAACAGCACAUGAGCUCAUAUGUUUGAUCAGCUGAAAAGAUCACCUGAGUAAAGAACAAAAUGUUAGAUUAUUUUCUUCUACAAAGUCUGACAAAUUAACAGAAAGCUAAAUUAAAUUAAGCUUUUAGUCUUUUUGUCAUUUAAGUGUAUCUUGGAGACUAUGACAAUAUUUAUGCAUUACAGUCAAUUAAGUGAUAUUAAUUUAAAAAACAAACUUCUUUCUGUUCAAGCAGUGGCAGGGCAUCGGUAAGCAGGGUCAUCCAGAAGCUUCGAGGAGCAAUUUUUGCCAUCAUGAGAGAAAGCAGAAGUUUAGCUGCCUCUGUAAAUCUCUUCUCUCCAUAGAGCUUGUGAAACUCACGAUAUUUUCC